UCCAGGAGCUUCAAUAACGCUAAUAAGAAAAUGAAGCAGUGUGCUAUUGCUCGUGUCUUGUGCUCGGAAUUAAGUAUGCGAACCGUUUUUAUCAAACAAGAAAAUGCGUAAAUCAGCGUGCCUUUGUGGCGAUGUGUGAAGACAUCUACAGGGCGACUUCAUUUCUUCAUUAUUCCCAAUCAAUUAACAACCUAAUGUAUUCAGGAACCGCGGGAGAGUUAGAACAUUACGAAAGUGAGGUAUAAAUUGUAUUUGAACUGAUGCAAUGGACUAGUUCCGACGCCGUUCACCAUCAAUACUAAAGAAUUCGAAAUGGUACGAUUGAUUGCCUGCCUCGGAUUGGGAGCCUUUCUCGGUGCUGUUGUACGACCUACUUAUGGCGACAUUACAGUUUUUAGUAACGCGCGGUCCGUUGGCAUCUAUUUUCUUUGCAUGGUCACUAUGGGUUAUGCUGAAAACGCAAGGGAAAAAAUAUUAACCGAGAUCUUUAACGGUUAUGAUGGGAAAAUCCCGCCGAACUAUGACAACGGUAACUUUUUUGUACAAAGCAUGUUGCACAUACGCAAUUAUACUAAUACCCCUGUCAAAUCUUCGGUACAGAUUUAUAUCAUUGGAAUUGACUCAAUUAACGAAGCUACAAUGGAUUUUUCAAUGUCGUUUUUUGUGAGACAAAGAUGGGUGGACAACCGUUUGAACUAUACUCCAACUCUCAAUAUGUCUCGCUUGGAACUGGACACUAAGCGAAUGUCAAACGUGUGGGUGCCUGAUCUUUACUUUGUAAACGAAAAGAAAGCAGACGUCCAUCACGUCACAGUUCCAAACAAACUCAUGCACAUUUAUCCAGAUGGGCUCGUUGUUUACAGUAUGAGGGUUACUGCUGUGUUUUCGUGUACAAUGGACCUUCAGAAGUAUCCUUUAGACGAUCAGAAGUGUUAUAUAGUUCUUGAAAGCUAUGGUUACAGCACAGAAACCUUAGUUAUGCGAUGGCAUCCAAAUCCUGUUGAAAAAGCGGACAAUCUACAAUUACCACAGUUUGAACUACAGAAUAUUACGGAUUACAUUUGCGAUGUGACAUACGCCGGUGUGACAUACACAUGUUUGAAAUUAGAACUUUUUCUUCAUCGAAAUCUGGGUUAUUACAUCAUUCAAGUGUACAUUCCGAGCUUCCUCAUCGUGAUAUUGUCCUGGGUGUCGUUUUGGUUAAACGUAGACUCCACUCCAGCCCGAAUUUCCCUCGGACUGUUGACAGUAUUGACCAUGACAACUCAAAGUCAGGGAGCCAAGGCAUCGCUACCACGUGUCUCCUAUAUAAAGGCCAUUGAUAUAUGGAUGUCAACGUGUCUGUUCUUUGUGUUUGCAGCAUUGAUAGAGUUUGCUUAUGUGAAUGUUUUAGCAAGGGUUGAUCAGCGAAAAGUAAAUUCGGUGACUUCAAAGUUAAAUGAAGCAAAAGAAGAUGAGGAAGAAAAGACACAGAAUCAGCAGUCAUGGUGUUUUACAAAACUUGAGGAUAAAGAGCGUGCACGAAUGCUUGAUAAAAUUUCACGUGCAAUUUUUCCCGCCGUUUUUCUUGUAUUUAAUAUCAUUUAUUGGCUUGUAUAUGUGUUCUGGGAACCAUCGCCUGCAGCUUAAGUAGACACCUUUUGUAACCAUAUCUAUCAGUAUGGACCAGUAGUAAUUAAUAUUAUAAUGAAAUCUGAUUUCUUCAUACUAGUAUUUGAUAUAUAAUUAUGAAUUUAUGGGAAUUUCUUUAAAUAUUUUGUCCCAUAUCCAUUUUCAGAGGGUUGAUACGAUAGAUUGUGAAUAUACAUUGUAAUAGUAUCAAAGAACAGACACACAUAUAUAUAGUAAGUCUGAGAUGAAAGUAAGCUUGUUUGUUAAAAUUGAUGUGACCAUAUAGGUAUGCUUAUUGAAACAUGAAACAUGUAUAUCUUGAGAAUUUUUGUACACAACAUUAAGUGUAAAUAAAUCACCACUGUGUCAAAGAUGCAAAACCUCAGUUUAUUUGUAUAGUAUAACGUGAGUUGUGUUCUUAUAUUUAUGAUUAUAUUAUACAUUAAUAUAUAACGAUAUGUUUACAGAAUGUGAAAAGUCUAUGCAAUAAAGGGUGACUAAUGAU